GUUGCGUCGACUUAUCAAGCAAUAUUAAAACCAUGAAUGGGUGCGGCUUUGUUUAGUCGGUGCGAACUUCCACUGCCAAUUUCUAGAGCACAUGAGGGCCGAAGAUCCCGCAUUCAAACAACCGCAAUCGAACACAAUUUGACUUACAACAAGGUCAACAGCCUCCAAUCAAGCAGCAGCAAUGGGUCCAUCAGAAAGCGGCAUCACAGCCGAGCUCACUCAAUGGCAUGAGGAAAGGAACAGCGAAAAGACCGACAACGAUAUUAGCAUUGCUUACAUUUUGUCCCCCGAGUGGGAGGCCCUACUUCACCCUCGAUGGGCCGCGUACGAUGAGCUGGAAAAGAGACGCCUGGCUGAAGGAGCCCCACGGCUGGAAUGGCAGGACACAGUCGACCAAGAUCGAAAGACGUGCUCAGCCAUGAAGGAAUUUCACUUCAAGCCUCUUGAACCUAGGCUUUGGCCGAUAAGCCCGUUGUGGGUUCAUCUAGCCAGGUACAAGGGAGGACCAGAGUUCGAUGCUCAUAAGAGAUUGCACGGUUGGGCUUCUCUGCUGGACGAUUGGGAUGAAAUCCAGCAGCUGGUUCGGGAUGAGGCUGAAUUCUGCGACUCAUUAUCGCCCGCUCAAAGACGAUCAUUUGAUCUUCUCCAGUCCUGGUGGAAGGCGGCCUACUAUGACGAAGAGCUUUUGAGCGCUACCGCCGCGCGCCUGGAAAGCAACCGGCCUUUCUGGACGAUAUCGAAUCCCUCUGAUGGCUACGGCCUUCGUCGCAUCGCCAGUGAAGUUAAGACGGACACCUCCCUCUACCACUCGCACUUAUUCAGGCUUUUCCUCUUCGAGUUCCACCCGCACUUCUGGGAGCCUUUUCUCUGCCAUUUAAAGUUGUCUACACUUCAGCAUGCUCGUUAUAGAUCUGCUUGUGUGGCAACCAUCCAGAAGCUUUCCUACCCAGUGCUCCAUCCAGGCCAUCCUCCUGCUAAAGAGCAAGCUCCAUAUCCUAUUGUCGUUCAGAACGAUGCGGAACACCAGAUCAUUACUUCUGCCCAGGCGAGUAUCAAUCCGUACUACCUGUGGGACAACGAGGGUCAACAGACAGUGACCGUGGAAGAUUUGCCUGAAUACCCCCCAUACGUAUGCAUUAGCCACACUUGGGGUCGCUGGCGAACACGAACCGACACGUCUGUUCCUGGGGUGCCGUGGCUGGUUCCGGAAAACACUCUAUACGACGUACGCGAUCUUCCGGGACAGCUCAAGGAACUGGGUUACCGCUACAUCUGGUUUGAUCUAUUCUGUAUUCCGCAAGACAAGAGCGACCCUAGAGCCGCCCAGGAGAUUGCAAACCAGGCAUCCAUCUUCAAAAGAUCGAGUCACUGCAUCGCCUGGAUCAACGACGUUGAGUCCUGGCAUGGAGUGCUGGCCGCAUUAGACUGGAUGAGCCUCAAGUCGCAAUCACUCUUGUCAAACCGCGACACCGACGCGAUCAAGGACAGGAUGAAAGAAGCAACACAGGCGGCCACGGUGGCGAUGGAGCUGCUCAAAAGAAAGCGUCGUGAGGGAUCGGAAGACCUCGUCGAUCUUGCUGAUGAUCUUACGGCAGGCGAGCCAACCUUCUGGAUGUCCUCACUAUGGACUUUACAAGAGUGUAUUCUCUGCCCCGAGAUCCAGCUCUACACACGCACCUGGACCAGGCUUGAAGAUAGGAGCGGGACAGCAAUCUCAUUGAGAGCCCUCAUGGUAUUUCUCAGAGACACUCGAGAUUACAACUUGCUACCAGAGCCCAUCGCAACCCCCUUCAGCGAGCCCUUGCAGUACGAUGGAAAAGUCAUGAACGACCUGGAAAGGAAACUUCUUCAUAACAGCGCCAGCGACCGGACUUUCCCAAACGCAGUCAGGGACCUCUACCAGCUCUGCAAGAUGACCCGCCUCGACAACGCCCUUACUUCUGGCUCUCCCACGACGGUCCUCACAAACGCGAGCCUCCGAAACGGCUCAUCCAGCCGCGCCCCAGCCAUUAUGUCGGCCGUUGGCGUAACGGACUGGUACGUCGAGCGUCUGGAGGCAUCAAAGUCCACCGGCAAUCCCACGCCGCCAGCGGAGCCCCUGGUCUACGGAACCUACCCUCUCGCCUUCCUCCGCGAAUGCUCACGAAAGUUCGGUGCCAUCUUCUAUGAGAGCAUGGCAAGGGACCUAGUUCGCUCCACGGGCACUGCCAACGAGAUGCGGCGAGUCCUGAAGCGCAACGAGUCUGGUGGGACCAUGCUACCCGUUUCCAAGACCAUAGGCUGGUAUGCCAGCAUCUCGGGAUCCUCUGAUCACACCUUCAUUGACCGUCAAGACCACGAGACCGUCGCAGAUUGGCUUGUCAACGAGGACGCAAGCGUCUCCAUGCGCGGUGUGGGCAUCGCCUUGACGUCGGACGACAAGCCGGGGUCGCGCCAAUUGUCGGGAAGUGUUGACUGCUUUCUUCCUCGGGAUGACGAGAAAGUCAAGCCGGAGAGGUAUACGGCGAACGUCAAGGACGUGCUGGCGACGCUCAAGGAUUUAAGUCAUGGAUCUCGGCGGAUUUAUGCGGUUGCGCUCUACCAGGACUUGGGUUUUCUCCAUGGCGUGCUGCUAGAGAAGUUGCCCUUGUCUAUGUUUGGGAAACACUAUCUCAACAAGAUUGGCCAAUUUGUGUUAAAGGAAGCGCCUCUUCCUCCAACUUCCAAGGUUGAUUGGAAGGUGUUGUAGAGUCUGCUCAGUCUUUGCAUUUUCCACAAGUCAGCGGCCAGUUGAGAUGAUCGGAUGUAUGUUCAAAAAUCGUGUAUCUAAAGGAACUGAAGUCAUAUAU